AUGGAGGCCGAGGCGGCGGCCAAGAGGGCGCGGGAGAGCGGGGAGGACGCCGCCGCGGCGGGGCAGGGGGUGGGGGCCGAAGCCGCGGCCGCCGGGGCCGGCGAGCAGGCGGGGAUCUCCGCCGUCAUCGCGGGAUGGUUCUCCGAGAUUAGCCCCAUGUGGCCUGGUGAGGCGCACUCUUUGAAGGUGGAGAAGGUGCUGUUCCAAGGCAAGUCAGACUACCAAAAUGUGAUGGUUUUUCAGUCGUCUACGUACGGGAAGGUGCUCGUCCUCGAUGGAGUUAUUCAGGUGACAGAGAGGGAUGAGUGUGCGUACCAAGAGAUGAUUACUCACCUGCCCCUUUGCUCCAUCAAAGACCCCAAGAAGGUGUUGGUUAUUGGAGGGGGUGACGGUGGUGUUCUGCGUGAGGUUUCACGGCAUUCCUCUGUGGAACAAAUUGACAUUUGUGAAAUUGACAAGAUGGUUGUAGAUGUCUCCAAGCAAUUUUUCCCUCAUCUAGCUGUUGGAUUUGAAGACCCUCGUGUGUCAUUACACAUUGGAGAUGGGGUCGCCUUUUUGAAAAAUGCUCCAGAGGGUACUUAUGAUGCAGUAAUUGUGGAUUCAUCUGAUCCGAUAGGUCCUGCUCAGGAGCUUUUUGAGAAGCCUUUCUUCCAGUCGGUGGCCAGAGCUUUGCGUCCGGGUGGAGUUGUAUGCACCCAGGCAGAGAGCAUAUGGCUACAUAUGCACAUCAUUGAAGAUAUUGUUGUCAAUUGUCGCCAAGUUUUCAAAGGCUCGGUUAACUAUGCUUGGACAACGGUACCUACAUACCCUAGCGGAGUUAUUGGCUUCAUGCUUUGCUCCACCGAAGGGCCUGCUGUUGAUUUCCAGCACCCUGUUUUCAACAUUGAGGAGGAUGAACAUUCUACGAAAGCAAAAGGGCCCCUUAAGUUCUACAACUCAGAGAUCCACACGGCAUCAUUCUGUUUGCCCUCUUUUGCAAAGAGGGUAAUCGAGUCAAAGGUGAACUAG